GUAAGAGCCAUUUUGCGCUGAAGAAACACUACAGUCUCAGCGCAUUCCCACAUCAAUUAACCCCUCCCUCAGCUUCCUGACGCACCACUGCGUACCAGGCCCUGCAAAACCAGACUCCCUCAGUCUGAUGAUUUUGCCAGGGGGGGCUCCACCUGCAUUGAUGUUGCUGAGCAAGGGAGAGGCUGAGAGCCUAUAGGAAAAAAAUACAACAACUGGGUGAGGAAGAAGACGGCGGAUGAUAGCAGACUUGAUGGAAUAGCCCACUGCUGUCCGCAAUCUCAACAGGAUAUUGUCAUCAGGAAUCAGGUGGCAGGUGGCCUCUGAUUCCUGGCUGGGCUUCGUCCCAUCAGAUCCUGUGCAGUAGCAGAGCUCCAGCACUCAGACACCAUGGCAGGUGCCUCGGUGAAAGUAGCCGUGAGGGUCCGUCCCUUCAAUUCACGAGAGAUUGGAAAAGAGAGCAAGUGUAUCAUCCAAAUGUCAGGCAACACUACCACAAUUAUAAACCCAAAACAGCCGAAGGAGAGCAAGAGCUUCAACUUUGACUAUUCCUAUUGGUCACAUACAACGCCAGAAGAUGUGAAUUAUGCAUGCCAAAAGCAGGUUUUUAAAGACAUAGGGGAGGAAAUGCUUCUGCAUGCUUUCGAGGGAUAUAACGUCUGUAUCUUUGCCUAUGGGCAAACUGGGUCAGGAAAGUCAUAUACCAUGAUGGGCAAGCAAGAGAAAGACCAAGAAGGCAUCAUCCCAUUGCUAUGUGAGGACCUGUUUACCAAGAUCAGUGCCAAUAAUGACAACAGCAUGUCAUACUCGGUUGAGGUCAGUUACAUGGAGAUCUACUGUGAGCGUGUGCGGGACCUUCUGAACCCAAAGAACAAAGGGAAUCUGCGUGUGCGAGAGCAUCCUCUGAUGGGACCGUAUGUGGAGGACCUAUCAAAACUGGCCGUUACUUCCUACAAUGACAUACAGGACCUGAUGGACUCUGGAAACAAAGCAAGGACUGUGGCGGCCACCAACAUGAAUGAGACCAGCAGCCGCUCCCAUGCGGUGUUCAACAUCAUCUUCACACAGAAACGACAUGAUAGUGACACAGACAACACAUCUGAAAAGGUCAGCAAAAUCAGCUUGGUAGACUUGGCAGGGAGUGAGAGGGCUGAUUCUACUGGAGCUAAAGGCACUAGACUCAAGGAGGGAGCCAAUAUCAACAAAUCUUUAACAACACUAGGCAAAGUUAUCUCUGCUCUGGCUGAGAUGGACUCUGCACCAAACAAGAACAAGAAGAAGAAGAAAGUGGAGAGCUUUAUUCCAUACAGAGAUUCAGUUCUGACUUGGCUGCUGAGGGAAAACCUCGGAGGAAACUCGCGCACUGCUAUGGUAGCAGCUCUAAGCCCUGCUGAUAUUAACUAUGAUGAGACGCUCAGCACACUCAGGUACGCUGACCGAGCCAAGCAGAUCCGCUGCAACGCUGUCAUCAAUGAAGACCCCAACAACCGCCUGGUGCGUGAGCUGAAGGAAGAGGUGGCACGUCUGAAGGAUCUGCUCUAUGCUCAGGGUCUUGGAGACAUCAUUGAGACAUAUCGGGCACAGGCUCCUGGGAUAUCUGCUCUCAAAUACUUGUCAAGUUACAAGACUAAUCUCAGUAGCAUCCAGGCUGUCAAUCAAAGGGGUGAUUUCUCCACAGUGACCAAUGCCAUGACAGGGAUGAGUCCUUCGCCUUCCCUCUCUGCCCUGUCCAGCCGAGCUGGCUCCAUCAGCAGCCUGCAUGACCGGAUCAUGUUCAGCCCGGGAAGCGAGGAAGCCAUUGAGAGGCUGAAGGAAACUGAGAAGAUAAUCGCAGAACUCAAUGAAACUUGGGAAGAGAAGCUUCGUCGCACCGAGGCAAUUAGAAUGGAAAGAGAGGCACUUUUGGCUGAAAUGGGUGUGGCGAUGAGGGAAGAUGGAGGAACUGUUGGAGUCUUUUCACCAAAGAAGACACCUCACCUGGUCAACCUCAAUGAAGAUCCACUGAUGUCGGAAUGCUUGUUGUACUACAUUAAAGAUGGAAUCACCAAGGUCGGCCGGGAGGAUGCCAGCAGUCGGCAGGAUAUUGUCCUGAGCGGCCACUUCAUUAAAGACGAACACUGUAUCUUUACAAUGCCGUGGACAAAGCAAGAGACAGAACUGGCCCUCUGGGCUUUCCGGAAAUGGCGAUUCUAUCAGUUCACCUCUCUCAGAGACUUGCUAUGGGGAAAUGCAAUUUUCCUCAAGGAGGCUAAUGCCAUUAGUGUGGAGCUAAAGAAAAAGGUUCAGUUUCAGUUUGUACUACUAACGGACACACUGUACUCCCCGCUGCCCCCUGACCUCUUGCCCCCCAGCAUAGCCAAAGAUAGGGAGAAAAGGCUGUUCCCUCGCACCAUCGUAGCAGUAGAGGUUCAGGACCAGAAAAAUGGUGCCACACACUACUGGACACUGGACAAACUCAGACAAAGACUGGAUUUGAUGAGAGAAAUGUAUGACCGAGCAGCAGAGGUGCCCAGUACUGCAGUCGAGGACUGCGAUCAUAUGAUGUCCGGCGGUGACCCCUUCUAUGACCGCUUUCCAUGGUUCCGUCUGGUUGGUCGCACUCCCAUUCUCAACACGUGCAUGAGCGAGCGCAUGAGUGACCUUACCCUCUCCCCCACCCUCUCUGACCCCGACUCUGACAUAACCGAGCUCGCUGAUGAGCGGCAUUAUGGGAAAGUCGAGGUGGAGGAGGAGGAGUUGGAUGACCUGGAUGAUGAGAUCUUUAUGGAGGACCCUGGCUCAGAGCUUGGGAGAGAGGAGGAGGAUGGUGUGGGGGAGCACUGCCCAGGUGUCAGCGAUGGCCAGGACCCCUUUUACGACCGCUGGCCUCUGUUCAGUUUAGUGGGAAGGGCAUUUGUGUAUCUGAGUAAUCUGCUGUACCCUGUGCCAUUAGUGCACCGUGUGGCCAUUGUGAGUGAGAAAGGCGAGGUCAAGGGGUUCCUCCGUGUGGCAGUACAAGCCAUAUCAGCUGAUGAAGAGGCUCCUGAUUAUGGCUCAGGUGUAAGACAAUCAGGAACUGCCAAGAUCUCAUUUGAGGAUCAACAGUUUGAGAAGUUCCAUACAGAAUCAUGCACCGGUGGGAUGUCUCACACAAAUACAUCUCAAGAGGAGCUGCGAAUCGUAGAAGGAGAAGGGCAAAACUCAGAUAUGGGCCUCAGUGCUGAUGAGGUCAACAACAACACCUGUGCAGCCUCUCCUGAUGUUCCUAACAGUCCUCUGAAGGGUGGUCUGGAAUGUCCUCUUGAUGUGACUCAGGAAAUAUCACUCCAGCACUUGAAUAUCGGCAGCAACUUCACCUUCAGGGUCACAGUGCUUCAGGCCUCCAGCAUCUCUGCUGAGUAUGCAGAUAUCUUCUGCCAGUUCAAUUUUAUUCACAGGCAUGACGAGGCAUUUUCCACUGAGCCAUUAAAGAAUACAGGCCGAGGGCCUCCACUGGGAUUCUACCAUGUACAAAAUAUAACCGUGGAGGUCACCAAGUCUUUCGUGGAAUACAUCAAGAGUCAGCCAAUCGUUUUUGAGGUGUUCGGCCACUACCAGAAACAGCCUUUCCCUCCUCUCUGCAAGGACUUAAUUAGUUCCUUACGUCCAACAAGAAGGCAGUUCCCUAGAGUUAUGCCUUUGUCAAAGCCAGUGCCCGCCACUAAACUGAACACGCUGACACGCUCCACUGCUGGCCCCUGUCACUGCAAAUAUGACCUUAUGGCAUUCUUUGAGAUCUGUGAGCUGGAGGCCAAUGGAGACUACAUCCCAGCUGUUGUUGAUCACAGGGGUGGAAUGCCCUGCCAUGGUACAUUCCUGUUGCACCAGGGCAUCCAAAGGAGAAUUACAGUAACUAUUGCCCAUGAAACCGGCAAUGAUAUUGAGUGGAAGGAGGUUAAAGAGCUCGUCAUAGGGCGUAUCCGUAACACACCCGAGGCGGAUGAGACUAUCAUCGACCCCAACAUCCUGUCCCUCAACAUCCUGUCUUCAGGCUACAUACGACCAUCUUAUGAUGACAGAGUGUCAUUGGGAAUUGACCAUAGGACAUUUUACCGCUUUGAGGCUGCAUGGGACAGCUCCAUGCACAACUCCCUCCUGCUGAACCGUGUCACUCCAUAUGGAGAGAAAAUUUACAUCACCCUCUCCGCCUAUCUUGAGAUGGAGAACUGCACUCAGCCCACUGUCAUCACUAAGGACUUUUGCAUGGUGUUCUACUCCAGAGAUGCUAAACUUCCUGCAUGUCGCUCCAUUCGAAACCUUUUCAGCACUGGUGCCUUUAGGCCCUCUGAGAGUAACCGUGUGACUGGAGUGUAUGAAUUAAGCCUCUGCCAUUUGGCUGACAUUGGAAGCCCUGGUAUGCAAAGGAGGCGCAGACGGGUGCUGGACACCUCAGUGGCAUAUGUGCGCGGAGAGGAGAACCUUGCGGGUUGGAGGCCGCGCAGCGACAGCCUCAUCCUGGACCACCAGUGGGAGCUGGAGAAACUUAGCCUCCUACAAGAGGUGGAGAAGACCAGGCAUUACCUUCUGCUGAGAGAGAAGCUGGAAACAUCUCUACUGCUGGGACAGGACUCUUUCUGUGGCAAAGACCUGAUGGAUUCACCAAAGGCCUCCAGCCCCAUGAUCAACCCAGUAGUCAGUCUGUGUCUGGACAGUCCCAACGAGAGGCAGAGGGAGCUGGCUGCCAAGUGUGUGCGACUGCUCAUGCACACCUUCAACAGGCAGUACAGCCAGGUGAGCUGCAGUCUCAGUGAGAGCAAGCUGUCAGAGAUGUCUGCAUCACUUUUAAGAGACAGUUCUUCUUCCCCUCUGAGCACUUUGACACCCUCCUCCACCUGCCCGUCACUGGUGGAUGGGCACUAUGGCAGUCCAGACCUCAGAGACGCUGAGGCAAACUCUGGUGCCUCUAGCCCUGAUCUCGACCCCUUCAGCCCUAUAGAGAGAAAACCCAGGAGCUGCACCUUCAUCCCGAACAUCCAGGAGAUUCGCGUCAGCCCUAUUGUGUCAAAGAAAGGCUAUCUACACUUUCUCGAGCCACACACCAGUGGCUGGGUGAAGCGUUACAUUGUGGUGCGGCGGCCAUAUGUCUACCUGUACCGCAGUGAGAGAGACUGCGUGGAGAGAGCCAUCAUCAACCUGUCCUCUGCUCAGGUGGAGUACAGCGAAGAUCAGCAGGCCAUGCUGAGGGCUCCUAACACUUUUGCAGUGUGCACUGAGCACCGCAACAUUCUCCUCCAAUCAGCCAAUGACAAAGAGAUGCAUGACUGGCUGUACGCAUUCAACCCACUGCUGGCAGGAACUAUCAGGUCUAAGCUUUCCAGACGAAAAUCAGGACAGAUGAGGAUGUGAAAGUGUUUUUCUCUGGCUGAAACCAUAAGCAGAUAGCUAACAGGCCGUUAUGAUGUAAUUAGGUCAUGUGAUCAUAAGUGCCCUAUCCCCAUGUCAUCACAGCUGCCUCUUGCCUGCCCUUCCCAGCAUUCCCCUCUCAGUCUGUCCAUGCCAACCAUAGACUGUGGGCCUGGCUUCACAGAGUGUGUGUGUGUUUAUGUGUGUGUGUCAGGCCAUAUUUAGUGUAAAUUUACAACAUGGAAAUAUAUUUAGAACUUCCCUCUAACAUAGCUAAAAGCUAGAAUGGCAAAACAGCAUCUUAAACACGGCCCUUCUCUUAGUUCAUUUGUAAAUGUGACUCGACGCUCUGUUUGUGUAUGUGCUUCUGCAGAGUAGAUGUCAAGUGCUUUUACCUGGGCUUCAGUAGCUGCCUCUUGGUUUUGUUCAUUCUACCAUGAUCAUUGUGAUUUUUGACCGGAUGCAUAGCUUAUUUGGAGGUCACCUUUUAUGCAGUGGAUGACAGAAGGUUGCUAUUGAUUUUAGAC